ACACCCAAACUCCGUGAAACCAUGCCGACGCCCAGUCUUUUCUUUUGCCAUCCUAUUGUCCUGGGGAUAUUGUAACUAACGAACGAGCCAGUAAUGCCACUCCCCAUUUUUUUAAGGCUCUUUUUACCUUCCCAUUUGUCCAUUUUCUUCCCUUCUAAUUUCUUCCAAACAAAACAUUAAUGGAGUCUCACAAAAAUAUUAAGGCAAUACCAGCACUGCCCAUGAUCAUCCUGAUCUCAUUCUUCUAUCCCAUCUUCUUCCACUCUGCACAAGCCAUUUGCGUGCCUCGAAACAAUACGUUCGGCAGCGCCUCUUCUCCGCUGUCGAGUAGUACUCCCAAAGCAUAUGAUCCCCCGGUUAGCCAUAUUGCGGCCAACCCAUCUUCUAUCUCCGACCAUUCCCCUGAGUCUGCGCCAUCAUCUUCUCCGCAGCCGAGUACUAGUCCAGAUGCACAUCCUCCGGUUAGUCAUAUCUCGGCUCCAUCUCCCGCCUCAUAUCUUUCUCCCGAGUCUGCACCAACACCAUCGCACUCCCCAGGGCCUCGCCUGUUUUCUCAUCUGCCGUCAAAACCAACUCCAACACCAAUUAUAAGCCCCAACCCAGCCCCAACUCCCGAUAUUCCUGCAGCUCCGAAGUCAUCUCAACCUUCAAUAACCCCAGCUCCAUUAAUAAGCGAAGCCCCGUUCAACUCUCCUCUGAAUCCCGCCAUCAAAAAGAUAUGUGAAGCCACAGAUUACCCUCUUGUUUGCCUCGCCUCUACAGCCCCAUUUCUGACCGGCAAAGUCGAUGUCAUUUCUGUGCUUGAAGUUGCAGUGAAGGCUUGCUCCCUUCAUGCAAAGAUAGCACUAAGCAUCGCUUCGAAAGUCCUUAAAACGGAACAGAGCAUUUCUGCUUCGGUCAGCGACUGCAUGGAUAUGUACGACGAUGUUUUAGAUAACAUUGAGAGUGCAGUGGAUGCCCUCUCAGCCCGUGACACUGGCACCUUCAAUGCCAUGCUUAGCGCGGUUUUGACAGACUAUGGGACAUGCGAGGAUGGGUUCGCUGGAGAGAGAUCUCCAUUAUCUGAGGUCGAUGAUAAGGGCACCAAGUUGGCUAGCAAUUGCCUUGCCAUUGCUUCUUUAAUCAAGUGAUCAUCAUCUACUUCCUUACCUAUAAUUGUCAUGUACGCGCAUCUCUCAAUUAUGACUGUCGGGAAAUUAAGUUUGGUUGCGGGGAUUGAGGAUGCGUACGUGAGCUUUGGUUUGAAUGAGAGGUCGUACGUAUAUCUUUUGUAUCAUCAUUGUUUUAUUACAACAUCGAGCGUGCAUGCAGUUCUUACGCCAUUACCUACUUGUAUCCAAGAUAUAUAAUAUAAUAUUGCAUUAUUAAUUGG